AUGCCCACAAUCAAGCUUCUGAUCUAUCAGCGAUCCAGCGCUAAUUCUUCCUCCGGCCCCAAACGACCCCUGCGAAUGUUUGCGAACCACUGCCACGUACAUCUAUCGAAUCACUUCUACACCGCUCUGCACGCGAAUCAGGCAGCGACUCCGUUAACGGGGAACCAGAUACCAGGCCCAGUCAAAAACGAAGUCGAAGUCAGGAUGAGAAGGCUGCAAAACUUUGGCGCAAGGCUUACGGCUGGCCCAGUCAAGUUUGGAGGACUCGGACUCUUGUCGUUCAACAAAAUCGCAUCUCUGGCUUGGAAGUCAGCUCAGGAAUCCGCCGACUCCUUCCUCGCCAAAAUCGACCUCAUCCACCCCCUUGACCCUCCCCCCACCCCCACCCCCCAGCGUGUUCGGUGUGCUAAGCUAUGGUCAGACCAACUGUCUUCAUUCAUGGAGGCGGCGUCACAGCCAGAGCGAAAGCACCUCGCCGAGAACGCGUCCAAGAUUGGGCGAUGCUGGCUCCGGCAAAUUCCCUACUUCGAGCCCCUCCGUCUAUCGAACCACGAAGUCGCCGCCGGUCUUCAUUACCGACUCCUCACCCCCGCCUACUCCCCCGUCUGUGCCGCCUGCGCGAACGAGUCUGACCUCGGUCACGACAAAGUCUGCCGCCUGCGCGAGACAUGGUCUAUCCGCCGCCACGACCCGAUCAACCGAGUUCUCCACUCCUAUCUCUCCCCCGUCGCCGGCGCUGUCAUCGCACUCGAACCUUCGACACAAACAGGGCGAAGGAGGAAUGAUCUUAGGAUGCGAGGAGGGGGGGUUUGGUGCGCUACGGAAUGCCGACUACGAUCUGAAGGUCUACGGGCUCGAGGACAAGCAUAUGUACGUGGUCGAUGGAAGAGGGAAGCCGAGAGAGAUGGAGUGGCUGGAUUAGGUGCAGGGACGGAUCGUUGCGUGGUUGAGCAAGAGGGACGCGGAGGUUGUCAGCAAGGCGCCGAGGAUCUACGGGGGGGCGUUCCGCCCCCUUGUUCAUUCGGCAGGCGGGUUGAUGAGUGAGGAGACGGCGGUCGAGUGGAGGCAUUGGAGGAAGUGCAUGGAGAAGAAGGUUUGGCAUGGGUUGCAGAGCAGGGUGGGGAUAGAGCUUGUGAAGGCGAGGGCGAGGACGUUGUGGAUGUGAAAAGCAGGGAGCUCGGAGUAGUUAAAGGCGAGAGGGUUUUCCUUUUGGGAGCUAUGGGAGAAGAUAUUGAACGAACGUCUAGAGUUAGAGGGUGCAAAGGGCUGGGCCAAUCAGAAUCCCAAUGAGGGCUGGAUCUUUGCUCGCAACACUUGUGUAUGUUCAAUGCUGGCCUACCUUGCUUUCAGUGCUGUACUGUAGCGAGCCUGCCGCCACACUCCAUAAGCUGCCACACCUCGUAAGGCCGAAGCCCCUUCCUUGUGGUCUAUCAGGGCCAUAUGCCCCAAUAGACCCUUUCUUUGCCUUCGUCCCUAGUUUUCUCUUGGUCGUUGCUUACAGUCUCUGAAUGCAUAUAGGACACAGGUUUGGGGGAAUCUCCUUCUCCAUCCUCUUUAUCUUCCUCUUUCCAACCCAAACAUACGUCGAGCUUGCCUCUUCUAGAUUGUCUACGCAUAUCUUGUCCCAGGCUUUCCGAACUAAUUGCAAGCCUACCACAACAGAGCGCACAUGAAACAUUGUAUCGG